AGGUAAACAAGACAUCGACUUCCUCUUUUCCACGUCGUGGAAGUAAACAGACCUGUCAAGUCAUUUUUUCAUCAAAUAAAGAAAAUCUAUUGAAUAUCAUAGACAAAACUUUUUGGAAAAAAAUCAGAAUGGCUUCUAUCGAAGAUUUACAGAAGAAGAUCCAAGAACUCGAAAGAGAACUAAAAGAAGAGCGGAGCAAAGGCGGAGCUAUGCGAACAAAAAUAGCACAGAUGAGCUCCGAAGUUGUAGAUUCUAAUCCAUACAGUCGAUUGAUGGCAUUAAAGCGUAUGGGCAUUGUAGAUAAUUAUGAGAAAAUUCGAGACUUUACAGUCGCUGUGGUUGGAGUAGGGGGUGUAGGCAGUGUUACGGCAGAGAUGCUGACCAGAUGUGGCAUAGGAAAGUUGUUACUGUUUGAUUAUGAUAAAGUGGAACUAGCCAACAUGAACAGACUUUUCUUUCAACCACAUCAAGCUGGUAUGAGUAAGGUUGAAGCUGCAGAGAGAACAUUAAAGGAAAUAAAUCCUGAUGUGGAGUUUGAAGUGUAUAAUUACAACAUAACAACAGUAGAUAAUUUUAAUCAUUUCAUGGACAAAAUUAGGAAAGGUGGAUUGAAAAAGGAUACCACAGUAGAUCUUGUUCUCAGUUGUGUAGAUAAUUUUGAAGCAAGAAUGACUAUAAAUACUGCUUGUAAUGAGAUUGGACAGACAUGGAUCGAGUCGGGAGUCAGUGAGAAUGCUGUUUCAGGCCAUAUACAGUUUAUCAUUCCAGGGGAAACCUCUUGUUUUGCUUGUGCUCCACCAUUAGUUGUAGCUACAAACACAGAUGAGAAAACUCUGAAAAGAGAAGGAGUGUGUGCAGCAAGUCUUCCCACCACAAUGGCUAUUGUUGCCGGCUUCCUUGUACAAAAUACUCUCAAGUAUUUACUGAAGUUUGGAGAUGUGACUUACUAUCUGGGCUAUAAUGCUCUACAAGACUUCUUCCCAACGAUGGCCAUGAAACCAAACCCACAGUGUGAUGAUAACCAUUGUAAAAGACAACAAAAAAUAUUCCAGCAGAGAGAAGCAUCAAAACCAAAAGAGGAAGUGAAAGAAAAAGUAGAGGAAGCCAUUGUCCAUGAUGAUGAAUGGGGGAUAGAACUUGUGUCUGAGACCACUGAUGAGGAACUGAAACAGGCCCAGGGAGACAUGCCAACACUCACAAAGGGGGUCACUGUAGCCUACACAAAACCAGCACCCACACGAGAUGACAACGCUGCUCAAGUCGAGGACUCUGGUGAGAGUUUAGAGGACCUCAUGAAGAAAAUGCAGAGUAUAUGAAACUUCACUCUACAUACAGAAAUGUCUCUUGCUGGACAAGGACCUGAGAUAUCUCACUGAGAUGUUGUGAAAUAUCUCACAAAAACUUUGGUAUCUCAGAGACCUUACUGCCACCACCAUCUAGUCAUGCUUACGCCCCUUUGACAAAUUGAACAGCAUAGUUAUUACAUGUGUAUAAAUGUUCUUUUUCAUGUGAAAGGUUGUACAAAAGAUCUGAUGAAAUUAAAAUGGUUUUUGGCCCUGGUGCAUGAUUUCAUCUGAUUUAUUUGAUAAGACACAAUUGUAAUUUAUAUUUUAUUCUUAUUCAAAAUAAGUGUUUAAUAUUAUAAGUGCAUUGGUGAUUGACAAUAAAUUAAUUUAAUACAUGUA